AAUAUAUCUGAACCCUUACUUUAUAAUAAAGUUUCUACAUCCUCUUCCCUUAUGAACAAUUGCCAAGCAUGUUGGAUUCCAACUUCCAUCCGCAUGUCUCACUCCUCAUCCUCUUUUCCUUACCGUUGCUCGUUCCAUCGAGAAAGACUCCCGUCUUGAAUCACGAUUCUUCACAGGCAAACGUGAUAUGUGGAAGGUAUAGCUAUGGGUCGGCGAGACUCCAGAGGUUUAUUGAUGCUGAAAGGGGAUGCAACAUCAGUGGAAUAUCGAAACUCAAGGAGUAUUUUCAUCGAUUUGGAUACCUCCCACUGAAGAAUGAUAGUCUCUCCGAUCUGUUCGACAUGGAAUUCGAAUUUGCUGUCUCACAGUAUCAGAAAAAGUUUGGCUUGCCUGUCACUGCUAAGCUCGAUGUUGACACACUCAACCAAAUAGCUACCCCUAGGUGUGGUGAACCGGACAGAGUUGGUAAGUUCGUCCAUUUGACUGAAAACUACGUAUAUUUUACGGGGAAACCUAAAUGGUCGCGCGAGAAACCAAUCACAUUGACUUAUGCAUUCUCGCCGCAAAAUUUGAUUGACUACUUGAGCCUGCAGGACAUCAGAAGCGUAUUCAAACGUGCAUUCUCUAGGUGGGCAUCAGUCGUUCCCAUUACUUUUGUGGAGACUACUGACUACGGCUUUGCCGACAUUAGAAUAGGGUUUUAUGCUGGUGAUCAUGGAGAUGGGGAACCGUUUGAUGGAGUGCUAGGGAUCCUGGCACACUCUUUCUCUCCCGAGAACGGGAAGUUGCACCUCGACGCUGCCGAGAGGUGGGCCAUCGAUUUUGGGUCGGAGCAAUCGAAGGUGGCUGUGGAUUUGGAGUCAGUCGCGGUGCAUGAGAUAGGGCACUUGCUAGGAUUGGCUCAUACUUCAGUGAAAGGGGCUGUCAUGUACCCAAGCUUGAAGCCUAGAGAGAGAAGGGUGGAUCUUACCCUUGAUGACGUGAAGGGAGCUCAAUCACUUUAUGGAUCAAAACAUAAUUUCAAGGAUGGGUCAUUAUUAGUGUCUGACAGUACUUCUACUAAUGAGGCAGCUAAUAAUUUAGCUGGGGCUCAUGUCUUAGGGACCAACUGGAAAUCACCAAACUUUGGUUACUUCUUUAUGCUUCUAGGGCUAAGCAUGAUGCUGGUAAUCUAAAAGUUAGUUGUGCAAUGGAAUCUCCAAAUUCAAACUUUCAAUCAUGCUCAAAAUGGAAUUUCAUCGGUGAAACUAGAGGGCCCAUUCAGACAUUGACUUGACCCUAACCACAAAGUACUUUCAGUGAGUUUCGAAUCCUUGCAUAUAAUAGAUAAAAUCUUUUCACUGAGAGCUCGACCUUGAUCUACAUUCUCAUAGUUGUAUACACAUUUGAAUUUACACUAUACAUCGGUACAACCAUAUGAUCCGUA